AUGUCUGCUUUAAAGGUCUUAGUUGUCGGCGGCGGCGUUGCAGGUCCGGCCGUGACCUACUGGCUCUCACGCAUCGGUGCUCAGGUUACCCUCAUUGAGCGAUCUGACAAGAUGCGAGCGUCGGGCCAGCAGGUGGACCUUCGCGGCAAGGGCGUGCCAAUGAUGAAAAAAAUGGGCAUGGAAGCCGCUGUGAUGGCGGCGUGUGUACACGAGCCUGGCAUGCAGUUGAUUGACCGCAACGGCCGGACCCAAGCAUUCUUUCCCGUCGCAAAGAGUGGCUCUGGGAAACAGGGAAUCACGUCAGAGUACGAAAUCAUGAGAGGUGAUUUAGUAAAGAUUCUCUACGGACUUACAGAAGGCCAUGAAAACGUGCGGCAUCUAUUCAAUACGACCAUCAAAACUUUUACUCAGGACAGCGGAGAUGGCCCUGACAGCAAAGUUCAUGUCAGCUUCGAGGAUGGCCGUGAGGAAGAUUUCGAUCUUGUUGUCGCUGCAGAUGGAACUGGUUCAAGAACACGCAAGAUGAUGCUUGGUGCGGAUGCUCCAGACCCACGACGCGACUGCGGAGGCCAUAUUGGAUACUUUAGUGUCCCAUCCAACCCAGAAGAUUCCGACAGAGGAACCUUCUGCCACUUGCCUGGGGGGCGAAUCAUUGGAACAAGAAAAGACAUCCCAGAACUUACACGAGUAUACAUGAUCCUCCGUGGGAAAAGGCCUGCCCUGAAUGCAGCAAUCAGCUCUGGAAACACACAAGAAUUAAAGAAAGCUCUGGCCGACAUUUAUCAAGGAGGUGGAUGGCAGUGUGACCGGUUUAUGGAUGCACUGCUUCAUGCCCCAGAGGCGGAUGAUAUUUACUUCACAAAAAUCGAGGAAGUCCACCUCGCCCCGGGAUCAUGGUCAAAGGGCCAAGUCGUUCUUCUUGGCGACUCGGCUCAUUGCCAUACAGCGGGUGGCUAUGGAUGCGCCUGGGGCCUCGUAGGCGCUUAUGUUCUGGCGGGUGAGAUUGCUACAGCAUUAAAGAAUAAGGAUUUGACAGCUCCAGCGGCUAUAAGGCAAGGAGCAAAGGCGUAUGAAGAAACGUUCCGGCCUGUUGCAACUUCCAUGCAUGGAGGCCAUGACUGGGCUGAGGACUUGAUGGCGCCGAAAACGAGUAUCGGGAUCUGGAUCUUGCAUAGGUUUGCGAAGAUGGCAUCGUUUUUCAAUUGGGGCGAAAUGGAGGGCUUGGAUAAGAAGACGUCUAACUGGAAACUGCCAGAGUAUCCGGCACUGGAGUAAGAGCAUGAAGCGAGCGUUGCUUUAGGCGAACGGUUUGGGCAUCACCGUUGGACAUCGCCUCUGUAUGAACAUUAACACUGUAUAUUAUUUGCAUAGCAUUCCACCCCCCUCAUAACUAUAAUCAUAAUGAUCUUCUCUCAGAAAUACUCUGUAUCCUAUCCGAAACUCAAAUUUGCCUUGAACUAAAGACUAUGACUAAAAGGAAUAUGUUUCGAUGAGAUAUACCAUGCUCUAGCAAGCCUUGAACAGUCUUUUGCAUUUUCAGAAAAUAAUAUACUCAAUAACUCAUUUUGAUAUGCCUCUCAAAACCUUGUUUCUUGAUCUAGUCCAGUCUUCAUAUCGCUAUUGGAUUGUCAAGUUUAAUCUCACACCGCAAC